AGUGUGCUAACGAACUGUUCCUUCUCACACUCUUGGCGAGGCGCAAAAUAAGUGACGAAUUGAAGCAUCAGCCACAUUUAUCCAUCGACCGUCCGAGAAUAAACACUUCUUUACUGCUCUCGAAUUCUGCCCAGCAUCACACCCUCCCAGCGAUAAGAUGUAUACACACGUAGCGGUUCAUCGAUCGCACAUCGAGAUGGCCGAUACGAAUCAAGCCAACGGUAGUGACGUCGUCGAUAACGUGAGCGUCGAGGUAGCGGAAAUGGCACUAGAACCGAAGGAAUCCACCAAAACGGCAGAAGCUGCGGCACCAAAAACACCGGAACCAGGCAGUGCUAGCGCAGGAACCAAUGGAACAGCAAAGCCCAGUCCGGCAGCUUCCAGUGCCGCGUUCAAGGAGCAGUUCAAGGCGUUCUCCAAGUUCGGUGACACAAAAUCGGACGGCAAGCACUUGACGCUGUCGCAGAGUGAUAAAUGGAUGAAGCAGGCCAAGGUUAUCGAUAAAAAGAUAACGACCACCGAUACGGGCAUCCACUUCAAGAAGCUCAAAUCGAUGAAGCUCACUUUCGAAGAUUACAGCAAAUUCCUGGACGAUCUGGCGAAAACCAAGAAGGUGGAGCUGGAGGAAAUCAAAAGCAAAAUGGCCAACUGCGGUGCACCGGGAGUGCAUAAUGCAACGCCCGGCAAGGCAGCCGAAACAGUUGCACGCCUUACGGACACUUCCAAGUACACCGGCUCGCACAAGCAACGGUUCGAUGAUAGUGGCAAGGGUAAGGGUAUAGCGGGUCGCAAGGAUAUGGUUGACCAGUCCGGUUACGUUUCGGGAUAUGGCCACAAGAAUACCUAUGAUAAAACUCACUAAACAUCGGAUUGUUGCUCUACUGCUGCUGGUGGUAGCCAUUUGAAAGCAUUGCGAGGCGAGAAGCGAGUUACCCCAUGCUAGGUACUACACUGUAAGCGCCCGUUUUUUCCGUGCCGUGAUUAAAGUUCAAAUCCUAAAUGAAGAUAAUCAAAAACCCGUAGAAAGCUGCAUGCAUCGCUGCAUCGUUAGGGAUCCGUUUUGAACUUGAUUGCGCCAUGACUCGAUCUUCGUCAUCAUGUUAUCUUCGUUUCGGAUGUUGACGUACUGACGGCUGAUGUAAGACGCAUCGUUUGUCUAGUCCCUUUGGUUUUUAUAGGAUAAGUACAAGCCAUUCUCAUGAGGCAGAGCCAAGGGGAACACGUUCUGGUUCUGUGUUAACGUUUUUUUCUUACUCUUUCAUUGAUCAAAUGAAACGAAAAUGUUUAAAUAGUUUUACAAUUGGUACAUUUCAUUGAUGAAAUUGUUAAAUUUUAACCCGUUUUAUGUAAAGCAUGUUAAAUUUGAAUCAAUAAGUACACAGGCAUUAAUAAGACCAAUCAAUCGAUUCAAACACAUAUGUUCUUCCCCACAGAGCAUCCUUCCGUGGAUCAUUAAAGAAAAUUCGUCUUCUAACAAGUACAACCUGACGUUUUUUCCGUUUUUUAUAAGAUAAGAUUCUCGUCGCGCGGACACCAUGAUAGAAUGCUUCUUUAGCUUUGAGAUUUUGUUUUCGAGAAUAAUUCAAAUGAUUAAGCUAUAGCCCGCACCCGAUCAGAACGGGAAGUUCCGAGUUUUGUACCGAUAUUUAAUGGUGUCACCGUACUGCGCGUACUACUUCGAACCUAUAUAUAUAUAUACAUACAUAUACAUUGAGUAUUUAAUAAAGACAUAAAAAAAAUCGGAAAACAGA